AUGCAAAGGUGGAGACUAGGCGGAGAGCGAAAAGAGAACGGCGGUGAUGGAAAUGAGAAGAGAUGCAAAUACGAAGGAGGAGAGAAGUCAGCGGGAGGGGCGGCAAAGAUUGGCAGGGUGAGGGCGGAGUUUGACGUGGACGACUCAGCGUCGCCCGAUUCGAACGCUGCAGACGAGAGCGAUAAACUGUAUCAUGGGUGGACGGGUGGAAAAGACAGACACGACUCAGGCAAACGACAUGCAGAAAACGGCCGACCGACGAAGCGGCGAGCGACUCAAAAGGCGAAAAAGGGACGGGCGUCGGGCCUGAAACUGACAGAGUGA